CACCUUCUCAGAGUCCCAAUCGCAAUUUCGAAAUGUAGACGGACCUGGAAUUUUUACUCCAAAUCAGGCAUUGAUGGAUAAAUUGGCAGAACAGCCACAACUGGCUGAACAAUUGCUUAGGAAUGUGCCAAUUUAUGUCCGCUGUGCAAAUUGCCAAUUAAUUAGGCCUUUACCAGAAGCCAGAGGUCAUUAUUGUUGGUGUCGACAUUGUUAUACUUAUUACUGUUCUCGUAGUUGUAGACAACGAGAUUGGGAAAGGCAUAGAGAUAAAUGUUCUUUUGCCAGAAUUAAUUCUCUUUGUAAAGAGGUUAUUAUGAAGGUAUUUGUUUGGAAAAAUUUUUUUAAGAAUUCCAGUAAUAGACCAAAUCUUAGAAAAUCUGAUUUAAAGUUCCAGGUCCUUUCAAGACCACUUAGGAAUAUUACCAUUCGUUUUCGGUUAAAGCUAAGCUCAGUACAUCCAUUCACCAAUGUCUUCAAUCCUCAAUAUUCCCCUUCCAUUUGUAGGUCUAACGAACUGGACUGA